ACCCGCCCCACAUGUCCAACGAUCGAAACCGAAACAUCAUGGCCAACUAGUUCCCUGCAUGCAUUGCGUGGACAUGCAUACGCAUAAAUGACAACUAAAUGCGACUAACUCUGGGAAAUAAAACAAAGUGAGUUAUUUAAUAUAGUAUGCCGAUGUAGUGUAAUGUUUUAAAUAUCCGCAGAUACAGUCUCCAAUUUGGAUGGUUUGAAUGGCUUAGGAUGGCUAGAUGGCUGGAUGCUAGCAAAAACGAAACAACACAGUGCGUUGCUGUUACCUACCGUUGCUCCACCGGCUACACUCCACCGUUGGUGCUGUCAGGUGCUUUUGUGAGGCGGCAUCGGCUGUAUCGGCGGGAUUUCUUCCGAUGUUCGUCGCGGUUUGAGAAUGAGCGAAAUCAGCAGCGUCCCCGUGGUCGACGUAACCGAAGAGAACGUGGCCAGCAUCUGGCCAUCCCUUAUCCUUGCCGUGAAGACGUCUCUCUACGUCGCUAUCGACUUGGAGCUGAGUGGGAUUGGGGGCAGAAAAGAAAUAAAUGCCAAGUCGGUGGAGGACCGCUACAGCGCAGUAUCUCGGGUGGCGGACACCAGAGCCAUAAUUUCCAUCGGACUGUCGUGUUUUCGGCACGAUUCCAGGUCUUCGGUCACCGGGUCCCUCAAAUUCACGGUGCAGACGUUCAAUAUUCUAGUCCUCUGCAAAGAAAACUAUAUCGUCGAGCCGUCAUCUCUUCAGUUCCUCAUUAGCCAUGGUUUCGACUUCAACAGGCAGUACUCUCUUGGAGUGCCCUAUUACCGGGGAAAUGACCGGCCGAAUGAGGCGAACGAGGAUGGCGGCGUCUCACUGCGGACGCUGUUCCUCCAGCUGCUGCUGUGGCGCAAGCCCAUCGUGCUGCACAAUGGGCUGCUGGACCUGGCCUUCCUCUACCAUAGCUUCUACCUGGCACUGCCUGCAAAGCUGCCCAGCUUCCUGGCCGACCUGACCGAGAUGUUUCCCAGUGGCGUGUACGACACCAAGUACAUCUCGGAGACCAGGGCUGCCCUGCAGGCGUCCUACCUCGAAUAUGUCUUCAGGAAAAGGCAGCGCGACAAUGCAUCAAGGGAAGCAGAGGGCAAGUCCUUUGUGAGCAUCCAGUUCCUCCAGUACAACAAGGAGCAUUCGGUCGAUCAUGGAAACUGUGCCCUGAGGACGGAACGCUUGGACGUCCAGCUCGAGAUCUGCAAGAACUUUGCCCGCUUUGGAUGGUGCGCCAAGGGGGACCAGUGCCGUGGCUCCCACAGCGUCGACGAUGUCUUGGAUGCGGAGAACGCCAAACGCCGCAAACGCAAGCGUGGCAAGAAGAAUGGUGCGACGAUCAGUAGCAAUGCCUCUUCCGAUUCUGAAGCAUCCACAAAGGAAACCCCGUGCGACGUCACAACGGUCGAUGAAAACGGUGCCGCGGUCACAUCGGCGGAUCGCAGAUACACAACGGGACUACACAGGGCGGGCUACGACGCCUUCAUGACUGGAUACGCAUUUGCAACGUUUCUGCUGGAAUAUGCCAAGUGUCGUCCAGGACCCUCCGGUGGUCUCGACGCGGACGAUGCGGGGUUGGAGGGUCUGGUAAACAGGGUGUACCUGACUGGGAAAACGGACCCGCUUCAGAUCAGGGUUGGCAACUUUGCAAGGCACAGUGCUAAGCACGUCGAGAAAUAUAAUGCUCUCUUUGGGAACAAGUGAGAAGGACAAUAGUGUGUUGUAAAUAAAAGGCUGUUGCGUUAUGCUUGUA